AGCACUUUCUUGCGCCAAACAUGGGGUCAAAAAGUCUCUCCUCCACUCUAGAAAAUCCACCUUCUGAGCUUAAUAUCGCAUCGCCAUCCAAGAAGAGAAAAGCGCAAGAAGACACGAGUGAGCACGAUGCAAGGCCAGAAACCAAGGAGAAACGAAAGAAGAAAUCAAAGGAGAGGAAGGAAGGAUCAGACGAUGAAGCGGCAACACCAGGGGUGGGUGUAGACGAGGAGAUGCAGACGAAAAAGGCGAAGAAACACAAGAAGAAACACGGCGCCGACAUGGAACUCAUCGUUAGUCAAAUGAGUGAGGGGGUGGACGGUGAAGGCACGGUGCAGGAGGGUCAUAGCAAGGAAAAGCAGGGCAGUGAUCGCGGUGAAGGGUCCGACAGCGCGAAAAGACAGAGGAAAAAGCGCGACAAGGAGGAUCCUGUUUCUGAAGAUGCUGUAUUACCAGAAGGUGAGCGGAAGUCCGACAAAGCGAAGAAACCGAAGGAGAAGAAGACGAAGGUAGGCAAGGACAACACUAUCUUGACUGACACGGACCACGCUGUGGCUAUUGGGAAGGAAAAGAAGGAGAAACGGGAAAAAAAGAAGAGACCGAGAAACGAGAAGGACGGCGGCGAAGACGAUCCACGGGAGGGGAAGAAAAAGAAGACACGUUUGGCUGUCUCUCAAGACGCCGAGUACGGUACAGAAACGUCCGUGAAAAAGUCAAGUAAAAAGCGGCGCAAGGGCGAGCCUACAGACCUCCCUGAUCCAGAGGAGGACGAGUCGCUUUCCGACCAAGCCCGCAAAGCUCUGUCUUAUGCAUUCAUCCAAUUCGUCGAUCCUGAGAGCUGGAAAUUCAACAAAGCCCGUCAGAAUUGGCUCCUCCGCAACAUGUGGUCUGAAACUACCAUCCCUGAUCAAUACGUCGGUUUAGUGACCCGCUACCUCGUGAACGUACAGGGUGCCGUGCGUGAAAAUCUCAUCAAGAACUGCCAAAACCAUCUUUCCCUACCUUUGAGCGCUGAACCUAAGGGCACCGCUGUUUCGCCCCCGAUUGAUGCUACUGAUGCACAAAAUCUGGUCGCCGCAGAGGCGUCAAGCAAGCGUGAAACUGAUGGUACAAGUGUUGCCACCACGUCCCCUAGCGCGCGGGCCAGGGCACGGGCAGUGCUUGUCGCUUUGGGCGUCCUUGUGAGCUAGGUCCAUACUUUGCGCACUGUACACAGCGCGCGCUUGCCCUCCAUUGGCAUCAGUACUUCCUCUGGCUAGUCACCGGCGGGCAUGACCUCCGAAUUAGAGGUUCACUCGACAGAGUUACAACCUUACAUUUCAUCAUGUCUGUCAUGGCUCCGGCUGUGGAGACAUAGCUCACGAGUAGCACACUUGCACAGGCAGAACCCACUAUAACAACAUGUAUUUCAAUGUCGCCAGCGCAGACAACACGAUUCACGGCGUAACAAUAGAAACAAAAGGCUUCAAACUCUGCACCACGGGAUAAAACAGCAACGCCGGAUGUCAAAAACCAAAAGCACUGAAUAACGACGUCAAGUGGUGAGAACAAUAAGUCUUUAAGCAGUCGCGGCGACCGGUCUAGCGGCGGGGAUAGUGUUCUCAGACCGCCUCACAGCGCCCGCGCCCGUCCUCAUCUUCAAUCCACUCAUGGCUCCGAGACUCACAGAAGCCGGCUGCGGCUCGAGAGAACCCAAAAGAUGAUCGAACUUGCUCCUCGCGAUGCGCACCGCGCGCAUGCUCACCUGCUUCGGCUCUCCUUGGCGUCUCGUUUUCGGCGUCGCAGCGUCCGGACCUGUCAAGCCGAGCUGCUCGUUGUUCCAGACCGGCACCACUGUCUCCUUCGCCUCCAUGCCAACACCGCAGCGUCCACCAAUAGCAGUCCAGUCCGCUUCACGCUUGAUACCCAGAACCGAGAACGUGUCGUUGACCGCUUCCACGACGUGCUCGAGCUGCUCGAGAGUAUGACCUGGAGUAAUUGUGAACCUGAGACGCUCCUCACCACGCGCGACGGUAGGGAAGUUGAUCGCCUGGACGUAGAUGUUGUGACGCUGCAAGAGAUAGUCUGACGCUUCCUUGGCUUGGCCAGCAUCACCAAUGAGAACGGGUACGAUAUGACUAGGACCAGGGACGACAGGGAUACCGCGCUCAGCAAACCGUUUCUUGACCUCACGGACGUUCCAUUGCAUGAGCUGCCGGUCACCGUUAAAUUCCUUUUGAUAGACGAUAGACGCGUGGGCGCCUGCGAUCGUGACGGGGGGAAGGGACGUUGUGAAGAUGAAACCGGGGGCGUAAGACCUGAUCAUGUCGACGAAGCGCGCAGAACCAGCAAUAUAACCGCCAACGGCGCCAAAUGCCUUGCCAAGUGUACCGGUGAUAAUAUCGAUGCGAUCCAUGACGGUGCCAGGAAUAGGGUCCGGAGAUUGGCCAGCAGCUUUGUGGGCGUCAUAGUCAAUAUGCUCGGCAACACCAGCACCACGGGGUCCAUAUAAACCAACGGCAUGAACCUCGUCCAAGAACGUAAUAGCACCGUAUUUUUCAGCCAAGUCGCAAAUUUCCUUGAUGGGGCCGACACUACCGCACAUAGAGUACACACUUUCGAAAGCGAUGAUCUUCGGUGUGUCCUGCGGCCACUCCUUCAAUUUCGCCUCUAGGUCUUGCAAGUCGUUGUGCUUCCAUAUAACUUUCUUCGCGCCCGAGUGGCGAAUGCCCUGAAUCAUGGACGCAUGAUUGGACGAGUCGGAGAAGUAGACGCAGCCCGGCAAUUUGGAGCCGAGAGUGGCGAGCGUCGCAUCGUUGGCAACGUAGCAGGACGAGAACACUAGAGCCGCCGGCUUGCGAUGGAGAGCGGCAAUUUCCUUCUCGAGGUUCAAAUGCCAGGAAGCAUUUCCGGCAAUGUUG